GGGGUCACAGGUGUUUGUCAAAUGUGAUCUCUACAAUAAAGAUGACUGCCAUCAGCUAUUAAAACUUGUUCCGUUAAAGUAAUCUAUAUCUCACUAAAAAUAUGGUCUUUUAAAGAACUAGCAAUUGUUUCUGCAAGUUUUUUUUUUUUUUUGCAAGUCCACACAAAGGCGACGACCACCAACACUACGCAUUCAAUGAACGAUUCUUAAUGAAUUCUUACAUCAGGUUUAAUACAUUUUGACGGGAAAGGACUUCUUGUUUUCACUCUCUGGUUUUCUAAACAAUUUGCGAAAAAAUAUCAAUAAAAGGGAAAUGGGAAUGUAAAUAAAUAGGUCAACCAAGCGACCAGAUCAGCAAGAUGAAGCCUGUGCUACACUCUGGUGCAUGGCUGUUUUGGCCUCUGCUUCUCCUCGUAUCAGGACUGUGUGAAGGGAUACCCGUUCAAGGAUGCAAAAAGUCCGUGGAUUCGCUAUCACAAGAAGCACGUCUUGAAGCGCAAGCUCUAACMGACCCAGACGAGGAUAAAAUCUAUCAUGCCAGUAAAAUCAAUGACGUGUCAUUUAUGAACAAAAAAUCAUUGGUAACUCGCAACAAACAAACCAAUGUUGACUGCGAUGAUACUGAAAAGACAGAAAAGAAAGAAAAUAUAAUAGUGAUUGACGUCAAGGCUGCUCCAAAAUCAGAAAUUAUCAAAUUAGACACGAAGCAAAAACCCGCCGUUGCGAAAAAAUCGUCCACAAUAGAAUCAUUGACAAAUCARAAGAUUAAGAUUCAGUCGUUACAAGACAGCAUACACACGAAUCUUAUUAAACUAUUCCAUCAUCUAAAGCAUAAACAUGGCUCAAACACCGAAGAAGAUCAAAAAGAAGUCAACGAAGCCAAGGAGGCAUUGAUUGCUGAUGCAAAGGAAAUGACAGCAAUGGACCAUGAUCCUUCACCGGCUGAGAAUUUCCUUAAGGGCCUAGACAAUAAUACUUUAAUCAAAUCACUGCUAAAGAGCAAAUCAAAGGAAGCUAUUAAAUCUACUUCUACUAAUGCGAAUUCAGAUGAUGAAAUCUCUCACAGUAARAAGCAAAGUACUACAGAAGCGCCAAACAGCAAUGCGGAGUCUUCUGGCUCAAAAGAAAGUGAUAGCAAAAGCAACGAUCAUGGCACGAAAGAAGAAACCGAGACWAGUGGWAACAUGGAAAAUAAGCUAACGAAUGAKCAUACCACAGCGAAGUUAGGAAAAUUUACCGUCAAUGAUAAAGCAGAGACCAGCGUAACGAAGAUUAAAGUAAAAGAAGUUAAAGAAGAAUCGAAACCAAGUGAUAGUAAACAUGAUCCCUACGCCGAGAUAGCAGCCACUCCUGAUAACGUGAAAAUGCCACCAAAUACAAAACUUCCAAAGGAGGAUGCGUCMGUGGUUCCAGUUGGAUUGCCAAAGCCAGGAGAGAACGAGGACGAGUACAAAGACGAUGACAGAGAACGUGAGCCCGGCGUMAGUCGUGGUGGUACUGGCUCGUUUAUGCCCGAUCUGCCCUUACCAGGAGACUUUGGAGGACCAUCUGAGGCCCCAGGACAAAAUGGACAAAGUGAUAUGACUAAUGCAGGUACAGUCAAUCCAGAUCUAUCAAACCAGAACAUCUUGAAAUCCAUGCGUGCUGAUGCUUUACAAGCUCAAUUACAAGACCAGAUCAAGSAGAAGGCUUAUGAAGGACAAUUGAUGGGAUUGGUUGAACGUGCAUCAAGAAUGAAAGGUGCAUUGGGAAAGGAUGGAGACAUGAUGGGAAUGAACAACCAAGUACCAAAUGGUGCCAUGGGGAUGACCGGAAUGGGUGGUGGUAUGGGCGGUGGAAUGACAGGAAUGGGCGGUGGAAUGUUCGGCAUGGGCGGCGGAAUGGGWGGCGGAAUGGGCGGCGGAAUGGGCGGAGGCAUUGGUGGAGGCAUGGGCGGAAGCAUGGUCGGAGGCAUGGGCGGAAUGGGUGGAGGUAUGGGCGGAAUGGGCGGUGGAAUGACAGGUAUGGGCGGCGGAAUGGCAGCAAUGGCAGGAAUGGGAGGAGGAAUGGGUGGAAUGGGAGGAGGACAGGGAGGAAUGGGCGGUGUAAUGGGUGGUUUGGAUGGACUAGGAGAUGGUGCAGAUGGAGUUGGUCCGGCAAUUAUGGGUGGAAUGCGAGGUAUGAAUGGAAUGGGUGGUAUGGGAGGRAUGGGCGGUAUGCAAGGCAUGAAUGGUAUGGGCGGUAUGGGAGGAAUGGGUGGUAUGGGUGGUAUGCGAAGUAUGAAUGGAAUGGGAGCAAUGGCAUAUGCGCGAAGUCCUGGCUAUGGUAUGUAUGGUCCAGAUGACAGGUAUGAUCGSGACAGCUACGAUGAAGGGGAUUCAUAUMGAAGAGAACCAAGCGACAAUGAAGAAUACGGAUACGAUGAUGAUCAGUCAGGACCAUCAAUGGCAGACGAGCAUGCAACCGGCAGGAACCAUGUACCAGAAUAUCCAGGSCCUCAGUCGGAAAGGAGAUUGGUACGAGGCUAUCGACGCAGUCUAUACAAUCCUCGAUAUUUUGAUGACUUUAAUCAACUUGAYGAGGACGAAGAAGAUGAAGAAGACGAACGUAGAGGAAUACCGAGGAGUAGAGCUCCUGAUCCAGGUCGAUAUGAAGACAUCGACUUUGAUUCUGAAGAUGGUGAACAUUACUAUAAUGAUAGAAAAACAGUCAUUGCAAAGGUACAGAAGACACCCAAAUCUAAGUCACUGAAGAUAUAGGCUAUAUGUUGAGUGAUUAGCUGUGCUUCCGUUAUCUGCUUGUGUGACUGAGUGAUUACUUUCGUGACUAAUUGAAUCAGUUGCGUGGCUUGAAGCUCUUGCAGUACUCAUUGCGUUUAUAGAAACUGGCUCAAGAUACUUGCGUGACAAGCUCGCCCAAAAGGACAUCUGUGCUUCAAUCCCUAUUGGAAGCAUGUUAAAUGAAUGCGAAUAUCGUAGUAAAGGGGAUUCAAACAAUGAAUUAUUUACCCCUAUGUUUUUCGGCCGCAGCGAAUACCGCGAGAACAAUUAAAAGCGUGGUGAGAAUAGUGUAACUAGCUUGAUGAACUUUGUACAAAUGUAAGUUAUAAGUUGAAUAGUUUUCAAAAACGUGUGUUAUUGGAAUAAAAUCCCUGCGGCUUGAUAUU